AAAGAUAAACACAAAUCCUAGCCUCCCUUUCACCAGUUGGUGCCCCAUCCCAUUGUUAUUAUCCCUCUUUCUUUUUCUUAUUUUAACACACAAAUUGACAAAAAAAAUCUAACCCUACGUACAUAAUCUUCUUCUAUUGCACCAAUGCUUUUUAUCUUGCCACGUCCACUAACACACUCGUAUACAACUAGUAUAGUAGUAUUACACUUACAUAACCAAACUUCCAACCUCCACCACCUCCACCACCACCACCACCACCGCGUGCUAUGGGUUGUAGUUAUACCACUACCUCGAGGACAGUUCUCGGUUGCUUAGCCCUUCUUAUGGUUUUACGCGUGGUUUUGGGGAGCGAAAAUGGUGCUUAUAAGUUACAUAGUCAUUCAAUUAUCAUGACUAAAUCCCUUUCUUUCUCAGAAUUUAGUACAUCUAUUAACCCAAAGAUAGAACAUGAUGUUAAGCUCCUAGGAAGUGCUAAGUUUUCGAGUGACAGACGAAGCAUUCAGAUUCCGGAUAUUUCAGAAUCGGAUGACCUUAGGCAUCAAGCAGGCCGUGCUAUCUACUCUUCGCCAAUUCGGGUGUUUGAUCCUACUAGCCAAACACCGGCUUCAUUUGACACUUCAUUUGCCUUCCAACUCAAUAACCAUACUUCGCCCUCGUACAAUGAUAGUAAUAAUAUUCCAGGGGAAUCUCAUGGAGGAGGAAGUGGACUGACCUUUCUAAUAGCCCCAGACGAGUUCACAGUAGGCCGACCUGGUCCUUGGCUCGGAAUGCUCAACGAUGCUUGCAACGACGACUACAAGUUCAUGGCGGUUGAGUUUGACACUCGUCAAAACCCAGAGUUUGGUGACCCAAAUGACAACCACAUUGGCAUCAACUUAGGCAGCAUUGUAUCAAAAACAACCAUUAAUGCUUCAGAUUAUGGCUUAUCCUUUGAAGACGGGUCAACCCAUUUGGCACGGAUCACCUAUGACGGGUACACAAAAAGGAUGGAAAUCUGGGUCGGAUCAAAUCCAAAUACUCCCUUAAGUUUAGUGUUUUCUGAUGACAUUGAUCUUACAACAUUUCUUAAUGAAUAUAUGUUUGUGGGAUUCUCUGCUUCAACAGGAAACAGGACACAAAUACACAACAUUUUGUCCUGGAACUUUACCUUCAAAACCCCUGCAAUCCUCCGAUACCCAACAAGCGAGACGUGUGCGAGUAAGAUCCUAGUCGGUAUAAAUCGGGUUAAUGGGUACAACGGCGUGCCCAUCAAAGAAAAAAGGCCAUCUACUAAUUUUUUGAUCUUCAUUUGUGUUGUGGUGCUCUGUUCUUUGAUUCUCAUAAACUUUUACUGCAACGGAAUGAGUCCAAAAUCUGAUAGCGGGUCAGCAUUCUUGGUAUUGUCGGAAAAGAAGCCCCGGCCAACACCGCCGAACAAGCCACGGCGGUUUACAGGGGCAGAACUGUCAUUAGCCACUAGAGGGUUUACAGACUGGGAGGUUUUAGGGAGUGAUUCAACUGGGGCAUUGUACAGGGGUACAUUGCCUAACCGGUGCCACGUUGCAGUCAAACGGUUCUCGGUUCAAUUCUUGGGCUCGUUAUCCAUGGACAGAAGGAAGUUCCUGAAACGGGUUGGGGUUUUGAGUCGGGUCAAACACCAGAGUUUGGUGCCUAUCCGAGGUUGGUGUUACGAUACAAGGGAAUACAUGGUGGUUUACGAGUACAUGUUUAACGGUUGUGUCGAUAAGUGGCUGUUUGGAGUCGGCGUUUUACCUUGGAGUCGGCGUUUUAAGGUGGUAAAAAACGUUGCUAAUGGAUUAAGUUACCUUCAUUCACAUCAACUAGCUCAUAACAACGUUCAAGUAAGCAGUGUUUUCCUCGACGUGAGCUUUAAAGCCUUGCUUGGCGAUUUCGGGUUGGGUGACCCGAUUGGGAUUGACCCGGUAUCCAGUAAAAGUGUCGAUGUGUUUAACUUCGGCAUUUUCGUGCUUGAAGUGGUGGCCGGGAGGAAGAGAUGGGUGGCUGAGACAGAUUCUAGAAAGUCGGGUUCUAGUCAGAGUGAAAUAGACAUGGAUGAAAUGGACUUGGUGGAUUAUGCGUGGAUAAUGCAUGAGAGAGAUGAGAAAAUUAAGAUGGUUGAUAGAAGGAUGGGUUCCGGGAUUAAUACCGAUCAAGCCGUCCGGGUUGUUGACAUAGCGUUGCUUUGUACCUUGCCUGAGAAUAAUGGAAGGCCGAAAACGGAUGAAAUAGUAACGUUCUUGACCACGGUCAGCCUCUUACCGCAGCUACCUCCAAAUCGGCCUAUUGUGUUGUUUCCGUACAACAGCGGCCCUCAUCUUUGCGGAGGCUACGCUUGUGCUCCCUUCGGCUAAAGAUCGAGGACACCAGCAUACGAAAGAAUUGUGUAAACAUAAAUUAGAGCAGCAAUUUUUUUGCAUUACAAAAACAGUACUAUUUGGUUGUAAAUACCUGCUGUAAGUAUGUCUACAUUAUUCAAA